AUGUCAGCGCAGUAUAGAGAGCUUGGAGCGAAUCUCAUGAUCGCUGUGCACUGUAUAAUGACUCUCGUUAUUGUCAUCAAUCCGCUUAAUCAGGAAGUCGAACAUUACCUGAAGAUCUCGCACAGCUUCGGAACUGGCCGAGUUGUCACACGAACAACCGUUCUUCUUUUGGUGCUCUUCGUCGGUCUAUCCGUACCUGAUUUUUCGCCGGUGAUGAAUCUGGUUGGAGCAUCCACGAUUCCCGUUGGAUGUGCAGUGCUGCCAUCGCUCUUCUAUCUCUAUAGUGAGGCGGCCACUGAAGAUGAAUGGAGAAAAGGACACACUCCAACGUUGAUGAACGUGAUCCGUCGCACUGACAAGACGAAGCUCAUCAUCAAUGUGUUUAUGCUUAUUGUCGCAGUUAUCGGCGGUGUUCUUGGAACAAUGCAAGGACUUGAGAAAAUUGCGAAAGCCGAGUUCUCGGCUCCAUGUUACGUGCGUGCAUUCACUGCUGACAACUACAGCACCUCAUUCAAAAUCAUACAGCAGUAA